AACCACAACCGAAUCGAGUAUUCCAGUGUAAACGGUGGUGCGCUACAGUCCGUGGUGGUGAAUUUUAAUCGUUGCAUUUAUAGUUUCAUUUUUGAUCCUACUACCUCCUUAAACAAUACAAUCAUCAACAAUGGCAGCCUGGGUUGGAAAGAAGUACAAGAUGGAGAAGUCGGAGGGAUUCGAUGAGUACAUGAAGGCCCUCGGUGUUGGCAUGGUGCUCCGCAAGCUCGGCAACAGCAUCUCGCCAACGGUCGAACUGGUCAAGGAAGGAGACGAGUACACCUUCAACACUCUGUCCACCUUCAAGAACACCACCAUCAAGUUCAAGCUCGGCGAAGAGUUCGAGGAGGAAACCGUCGACGGUCGCAAGGUGAAGUCCGUGUGCACAUUCGAUGGCGACAACAAACUCAUCCACGAGCAGAAGGGCGAUAAACCGACAACCAUUAUUCGCGAAUUCACCGCUACCGAUUUGACUGCCACCAUGACCGCUGGAAGUGCCAAGUGCGUCCGAUACUACAAAGUCGCCUAAAAGCAGUCGUCCUUCCCAUCCAUCCUCGUCUGCAUCAAACGUGACGCGUUCUUCCUCUGGGACGUCCGAGCCAUUCGAGCCAUAUCUUCCAUACUAACAUCACACACAUCAACAUUCACUGGACGAAUCCUAGUCAUAAUCGCCCCCAUCUUCUCUCGACGGACAACAUGGAAACCAUCAUCUGGAGUAUGACUGAAUACGAACGGGCCGACACACACAUACCAUGUUGUGAAGACACAAAAUCAUUCGGACGCAAGCCUUAAUGAUGAAAGCCACACGUUUGCAUAGAUAUGUACGAUAAGAACAAAAAUAUGUUUUUUUUUGGUUAAUUUGUUAAUUCUUUUCCAAGUGAAUUAAAAUAUCCAAUUAAGGAUAUUAAUUUAAAUAUAGUAGAGCAUGAAGCAGAAGGUUAAAAUGAUCGGAAACAGUUAAAAAUACAUUUUGAAGUGUAAACGUA